AUGGCUCCAGUAUCUGCAUCUAAGGCAAAGAGAGAUGCCAAAAAAGCCGAAAGAGACGCCAAGAGGGUUGCUGCUGGUAAGACUACCAGAAGAUCCAAGAAGGAAGAUGAAACAGUUGAUGAAGCCGCCGCUGCAGCUGACAAAAUUGCACAAUUGAAGUUGCAACAAGAUAAAGACGGUAUAUCUGACCGUGUCGUUACCGGUGUUCUAGAUUCAUUGGAAACUUCUCGUGAUAUUAAGCUAUCUUCUGUUUCCUUGUUGUUCCACGGUAAAGUUUUGAUCCAAGAUUCCCAAUUGGAAUUAAAUUAUGGUCGUCGUUAUGGUUUAUUGGGUGAAAACGGUUGUGGUAAGUCCACUUUCUUGAAGGCUGUUGCCAGCAGAGAAUACCCAAUUCCUGAAAAUAUUGAUAUUUAUUUGUUGGACGAACCUGCUGAGCCAAGUGAAUAUUCCGCUUUGGAAUACGUCGUCAGGGAAGCUCAAGGUGAAUUGAAAAGAUUGGAAGAUUUGGUAGAAAAGAUUCUCUUGGAAGAUGGUCCUGAAUCUGAUCUAUUGGAACCACUAUACGAAAGAAUGGACGAUAUGGAUCCAUCCACUUUCGAAUCCAGAGCUGCUAUUAUCUUGAUUGGUUUGGGUUUCAACUCUAAGACUAUCAACAAGAAGACCAAGGACAUGUCUGGUGGUUGGAAGAUGCGUGUCGCUCUUGCUAAGGCUUUGUUCGUUAAGCCAACUCUUUUGUUGUUGGAUGACCCAACCGCGCAUUUGGAUUUGGAAGCUUGUGUUUGGUUAGAAGAAUAUUUGAAGAGAUUCGACAGAACUUUGGUUCUUGUCUCUCAUUCUCAAGAUUUCUUGAACGGUGUUUGUACCAAUAUGUUAGAUAUGAGAUUACAAAAGUUGAUGGCAUACGGUGGUAAUUACGACUCCUACGUUAAGACUCGUUCCGAAUUGGAGACCAAUCAAAUGAAACAAUACACCAAACAACAAGAAGAAAUUGCUCAUAUCAAGAAGUUCAUUGCUUCUGCUGGUACUUAUGCCAACUUAGUUAAGCAAGCCAAGUCUAGACAAAAGAUUUUGGACAAAAUGGAAGCGGAUGGUUUGAUUCAACCAGUUGCUGCCGACAAGGUCUUCUCCUUCAGAUUCCCAGAGGUUGAAAGAUUACCACCUCCAGUUUUGGCAUUCGAUGAUAUUUCCUUCUCUUACGAUGGUAACUCAGAAAACAACCUAUACGAACAUUUAGACUUUGGUGUUGAUAUGGACUCUAGAAUUGCUUUAGUCGGUCCAAAUGGUGUUGGUAAAUCUACUUUGUUGAAGAUUAUGACUGGUCAAUUGACCACUCAAAGCGGUCGUGUUUCCAGACACAGUCACGUCAAAUUGGGUGUUUACUCCCAACAUUCUCAAGACCAAUUGGACUUGACCAAGUCUGCCUUGGAAUUCGUCCGUGAUAAGUAUCCACAUGUCUCUCAGGAUUUCCAAUACUGGAGAGGUCAACUAGGUCGUUACGGUCUAACAGGUGAAGGUCAAACCGUUCAAAUGGGUACUCUUUCUGAAGGUCAAAGAUCAAGAGUGGUGUUUGCAUUGCUUGCAUUGGAACAACCAAAUGUCCUACUAUUAGAUGAACCUACUAACGGUUUGGAUAUUCCAACUAUUGACUCUUUGGCUGACGCUAUUAACGAAUUCAAUGGUGGUGUCGUUGUUGUCUCGCACGAUUUCAGAUUGCUUGACAAGAUUGCAAAGGACAUUUUCGUUGUCGAACAUAAGACUGCCACCAGAUGGGAUGGUAGCAUCUUGGAUUACAAGAACAAAUUGGCCAAGAACGUGGUUUUGUAG